AUGGCUACAAAUAUUACAUGGCAUCCAAAUUUAAGUUACGAUGAACGUAAAACUUUGAGGAAACAAGAAGGUUGUACAGUUUGGUUCACCGGGUUAAGUGCCUCUGGUAAAAGUACCAUUGCAUGUGCAUUAGAACAAUUAUUAUUACAAAAGGGCGUUUCAGCUUAUAGAUUAGAUGGUGAUAACAUUAGAUUUGGGUUAAAUAAAGAUCUUGGAUUUUCUGAAAAGGAUAGAAACGAAAAUAUUCGUAGAAUUAGUGAAGUUUCUAAAUUAUUUGCUGACUCAUGUACAAUUUCUUUAACUUCUUUUAUUUCCCCAUAUAGAGCUGAUAGAGAUAAAGCCCGUGAAUUACAUAAAGAAUCUGGAUUAAGAUUCAUUGAAGUCUUUGUGGAUGUUCCAUUGGAUGUUGCUGAAAAGAGAGAUCCAAAGGGUCUAUAUAAAAAGGCAAGAGAAGGUGUUAUUAAGGAAUUCACUGGUAUUUCUGCACCAUAUGAAGCUCCAGAAUCUCCAGAAUUACAUUUAAGAACUGAUAAAAAUACUGUUGAAGAAUGUGCUACCGUCAUUUAUGAAUAUUUAGUUAGAGAAAACUUGAUUAAUGAAAAGGCCUAA